AUGCCAGUAUCAACAAAUAUAACUUAUGACUAUGCUCCAAGAAGAAAAUCCUCAUUAUCUCAUAUAACAACUGAUGACAUCUUGCCUGAUCAUGAAAUACCCAAGAAAUGUUUUAGAUGUGAUGUCAAAUCAACAAAAUUUUCACAUUGUAUACGGAAACCAAGUAGAAGUUGUAAUUCAUUAUUAGGUUCAAUGCAAGAAUCUCUAUUGAGAGGUACAACUUCAGGUUCUCCAUCAAAACCAAUGCAAUUUGGAUCCAUGAUUACAGCGGGUGCCCAGGGAACACCUAUAAAGAAGGAUUUCGAUGCUGUUUUCUAUACAUGGGAAGAUGGUUCAGAAUCUCCAUAUGUUGGUUCAAUAAAGAUUGGUGAUGAAGAUCGUGUUGGUAAUAAAAAAUCUGGUUUCCCAGGUAUAAAGAUUGAUGAAAGAGGUAAAAUUCAAGUUGUUGUUUGUAAUUCUGAAGAAUCCCCUAUCAAAGUGAUAUUAGUUAAUUAUAAUAUUAGAAGAUUGAAAAGUGGUUAUAGAGUUUUCAUUAGACAAAGUAAUGAUGCUUAUACUAUACAUUUGAAUUUUAUAAAUUGCAAGGGGAAAUUUUAUCUUUUUGAUGAAAUUAAAGUGAUUUUUUAUAAUCAUAUAAAUAUUGAACAUACAUUGGAGGAUCGUUUAGUUGGUAAACCUUCAAAAGUUGAUUUGAAUUAUUAUCUAAACAAGUGUUGUUAUUGUGAUGAUGAAUUAAAUGCUAUGAAUGAUGAUGAUUCUUGGGAAGAUGUUAAUAGCUUAACUUCAAGAGUUUCAAGUCUGGAAAUGAUUAGAGAUGAAGAAGAUGAUGAAACAAAUAAUAAUGAUAAUAGUAAUGAUGGUCCAAAUAUUGAGUUUAAAUUUAAGAAGGAUUAUCAAAUUCAAUUUCUUGAUGAUGAUAAGAAACAAAAUCAAUUUAAAUUAAAUGAUCAAGAAGAUCAAAUAACGCCAAAAACUUCAACUGCAACAGUUGAUGUAAAUAACAAGAAUAAUAAUAUAAACGGAUAUGAAUUUGAUGAUGACAAUAGUUCUGGUUUAUUGGUAAUGGGUACUCAAAGGGUUAAUUAG